AUGCAUCCACCACUGACAGGAUCACCUCGUCGUCUCCUCUUUAUAGCCUCAAUAGGCAAUCAAGGCCCAUACCGACGAACAAGACAUAGCGCAGGUCAUAUUCUUCUCGAUGAACUUCUUCCCCGACUCCGUUCAAGUUGGUCAUCAAGCGAUGCGGCAACGCAAACACCUCCAAUCGGCGCAUACUAUACAACAUGGUAUAGUCCUUCUUUUAUGAAUGAGUCAGGGCCGAAAUUGGUGCGACAGAUGGUGAAGUCUUUUCAGCGACAAGAGGAGGUUCUUAAGGGCUCUUCUUUGUCUCCUUGGUUAGAGGGCUUGGUACCUUCUGGAUCUGGAUCUGGAUCCGGGUCUAGAUUCGGGUCUGGACAGAGUAUUCCUGCUACAUUGGUUAUUUUACACGACGAACUUGAGGCGCCGUUGGGUAGAGUCCGGGUGAAACGAGGUGGACCGGAGAUUGCUAGUUUACGCGGCCAUCGGGGGUUGAUUAGUGUUUGUGAGAGUUUGCGGGGGAAGGGGUUAUAUCCUCCGAAACAGGGAAAAGGGAAGAAGGAAGAACAACUGCGGGAUUUGUCUAUUCUGCGGGUUGGGGUUGGGAUUGGGCGACCGGAUAGUCGGGCGAAGAAUGCUGUUGCGGACUAUGUGUUGGCGGAGAUGGAUGCGGCGGAAUUGGCAGCUGUACAGAAAGCUGUUGAUCCUGUGUUGGAUAUUCUGGAGGAGGAAUUAUAUCGUGGGGUAAAACUGUGA